GCUGUUGGUGUGAGGGCGCAGGGACAUUCUGAGAGGGAAAAGGAGCCAUUGCUGUGCUGCUGCUCCAUGCAGGCAGGCCACGAUGCCUUCCCGUUACCUGAGCUUCCGCUGCAGCGUGCCCUGGCUCCUCCUCCUGCUGCAGGCUCUGUUCCUCAGCCGUGCUUUCUUUGCCUUCCCAAGUGCUGAUGACAUCAACUUCUCAUCCAGCGUCUACCCAGUAUUUCAAGAUGUCAACCACAUGGUGAUUUUUGGAUUUGGCUUCUUCCUGAUGGUUCUGAGAAGAUAUGGCUAUAGCAGCACUGGAUUCAACUUCUUGCUCAUUGUUCUUGGUGUCCAGUUCUCCGUGCUGGUAGAAGAUUUAUUACUUCUCCUUAGGAUCCAGUACAGUGCAUUUGGUGUGGAAAGUCUAGCAAGGGCUGUGAUGAGCAUGACUGCUGUGGUCAUCUCUGCUGGGGCUGUGCUGGGGAAGGCCAAUCCUGUGCAGUUAAUUGUGAUGAGCCUGGUGGAAUUAAUCCUUUUCCAUGUGAGCAGAUGCAUCAACAGCAAAUACCUGAAGGUCCCAGAGAACCUCACCCUGAUGCACGUGCACCUCUUUGGAGCCUACUUUGGUCUGGCAGUGACCUCCCGCUUCCCUGAGCCCCCCCCGGGGCUGGACAAGAACAGGAGCAGCCCCAAGUCAGAGCUGUUCUCAGUGCUGGGCACUGUGUUUGUCUGGAUGUUCUGGCCAAGCUUCAAUUCCAUCCUGGCUGAGCUCCAGUUCCAAGCAAUGCUCAGCACGUACUUGGCCCUCGCAGUGAGUGCUGUGGCUGCCUUCAUGUUGUCUGCUCUGACCUCCAAGGAUGGCAAAUUCAGAAUGGCUCACAUCCACAGUGCAGUCCUGGCUGGAGGGGUCACCAUGAGUUUCACAGCAAUCAUCAUCAAGCACCCUUGGAUUGCCAUGAUUUUGGGGCUGCUUGGCAGUGUCAUCUCCAUCCUGGGAUCUCACUGUCUGCAGAGGUGCUUUAAUCCUCCUUUGAAGCUUCAGGAUACUUCUGGAGUUCAUUUCACUUUUGGUUUGCCUGCUGUGCUUGGAGCUGUGGCCGCCGUUGUUCUCCGUGUGGUAGAAAAAGGGAUUAUUGAACAAUGGAGUGAUUUACCCAGUCUGGGUUAUUUGAUCUUUCUUGAAGUUGGUGCCUUCUGCCAGACCAUCAGCACUGCCUUUAUAACAGGUUUGAUUACAGGUUUAAUCUUAAACAUCAAACUGCUUAAAGCUGUGCAUGUCUCCAAGUACUUUGAUGAUCAGUUUUAUUGGGAGUUUCCUCACUUGUCUGUUGGAUUCUGAGUGGAGGAUCCCAGCUGACACACAGGAACCAGAUAAGAUUUUCCUCUUUAUCACCAGAAAAACUGAACAGCUCUGGUGGGUUCAGACAGCACUGAAACACCAAUUCCCAGGCCCA